AAGAGCCUGCAGUGGUGGGGAUGAAUCGGCCAUGGCCGCCCGUCUCGUCUGGUCCACUUUCACACAUUAGAUUCCAAAGCAAAUUCUCCACUUUCGUUGUUUAUCAACUCGGGAUUCAUUGCUUUUGCCGGAUAUUUUUGUUGUUCCGAUUCUGCGAUCGGUGGUGGAUAGAUUGAAUUAUGAAAUUUGGGAAAGAAUUCCGGAUACACUUGGAGGAAACCCUACCGGAGUGGAGAGACAAGUAUUUGUCGUACAAACCGUUGAAGAAGCUGCUUAAGAAUAUUCCGGUCCCCGACCAGGAGAAUCUGCCGCCGGAGGGGCGAUUGACGGAGCUCGAGGAAUGGUUCGUGGGGAUUCUCAACGAGGAGCUCGAUAAGUUCAAUGAUUUCUACGUCAAUAAGGAGGAGGAAUUCAUCAUCCGAUUGCAGACACUUAAAGAAAGGAUCGAGCAAGUGAAGGCAAAAGGAAGUUCCAAUGGAAUUUUCACAUCCGAAACCGAGUUUAGCGAAGAGAUGAUGGAGAUACGUAAGGAUUUCGUUUCGAUUCAUGGCGAGAUGGUCCUCCUAAAAAAUUACAGCUCCCUCAACUUUGCAGGUCUUAUCAAAAUUUUGAAGAAAUACGACAAGAGAACCGGCAAAUUGCUGAGUCUACCAUAUACUCAGCUCGCCGUUCACCAGCCCUUCUUCACGACCGAACCUCUGACUCGAUUAGUCCGCGAGUGUGAGGCAAAUCUUGAGGUUUUAUUUCCGAUGGAAGCAGAGGUUGUUGAAUCGAAUCAAAUCCAGGCUGCAAAAGCAAAUGCUACUUCUCCUCGGAAAUCAGCAUUACCUCUCGGGGAAGAAACUUUAGAUAUAUACAAAAGUACACUCGCGGCAAUUAGAGCUAUACAAGGCUUUAAGAAGGCAAGCUCUACUUAUAACCCUUUGUCAUUGUCGUAUCUGUUUGGCAACCAAGAUCAUGAAAAUACAGGUUCGGUGACAGCUGAAAACUCGCCCUGUGCCACGUUGGAGGAGGAGAAUGCCGAGGAAGAUCCUCCCAAUUCUUCGAAAUGAAAAAUGGUAUAUAUAUAUUUGGUGAGCAAUCUGUCUCUCCUUGAUCUGUUAUGUUAAAAGGUGAUUUUUUUUUUUUUUUUUUUUGUUUUUUGUCGAAUAUGGUUGAAUAAAUAUUCCACGAACUGUAACAUAACGGUGAAAUAUAAGUUUGAUCUUGGAUGGUUUAGAGGA